GGUCGGGUGAGGGCGGGGCGCCGCCUCCCUUCACCCGGCGGCCCUGCGAGGGGAGGUCUCGCGAGAGGUGGGCGCGGGGCCGCGCUGCUCCCGCCGCCCCGCAGAGGACACGGCCAAGAUGGCGGCGGGCCGGGCGCUGGGGCUCCUGGCGCCCCUCGGCUGCCGCCUCCCGCAGCACGGCCCCGCCGCACGGCGCCUGCUGCUGCAGCCCCGCCGCGGCCUCCGCCUCUCCGCCGCCGCCGCCAUACAGGUGACGGUGAGGGACGCGCUGAACCAGGCGCUGGACGAGGAGCUGGAGCGGGACGAGCGCGUUUUCCUGCUGGGGGAGGAGGUGGCCCAGUACGACGGUGCCUACAAGAUCUCCAGGGGGCUGUGGAAGAAGUACGGGGACAAGAGGAUCAUCGACACCCCCAUCUCCGAGAUGGGCUUCACGGGAAUCGCCGUCGGCGCCGCCAUGGCAGGGUUGAGACCAGUGUGCGAGUUCAUGACGUUCAACUUCUCCAUGCAAGCAAUCGAUCAGGUCAUCAACUCGGCUGCCAAGACGUGCUACAUGUCCGCGGGGUCCAUCCCCGUGCCCAUCGUCUUCCGGGGCCCCAACGGGGCGUCUGCUGGCGUGGCUGCCCAGCACUCGCAGUGCUUCGCGGCGUGGUACGGGCACUGCCCGGGACUCAAAGUUGUUAGUCCUUGGAGCUCAGAAGAUGCCAAAGGUCUGCUGAAAGCGGCAAUCCGGGACGAUAAUCCAGUUGUGAUGCUGGAAAACGAAUUGCUGUAUGGUGUUCCCUUUGAAAUGUCUGAACAGGCACAGUCAAAGGAUUUUGUUGUUCCAAUUGGAAAAGCCAAAAUAGAAAGGGAAGGAACUCACGUUACAUUAGUGUCACACUCAAGACCUGUUGGACACUGUUUGGAAGCAGCUGCUGUACUGGCCAAAGAAGGUGUAGAAUGUGAGGUGGUAAAUCUGCGCACCAUUAGACCAAUGGAUAUCGAAACGGUGGAAGCCAGCGUUAUAAAGACAAACCACCUUGUAACUGUAGAAGGAGGUUGGCCACAGUUUGGAGUAGGAGCUGAAAUCUGUGCCAGGAUCAUGGAAGGAUCUGCCUUUAACUACUUGGAUGCUCCAGCUGUGCGUGUUACCGGUGCAGACGUUCCUAUGCCUUAUGCAAAAAUUUUAGAAGAUAACUGCAUACCUCAAGUGAAGGACAUAAUAUUUGCAGUGAAGAAAACUUUGAAUAUCUGAGUUGUAAAUACAUGUUUUAAAGUCCUGCUUUAAAAAGCAUUAAUGGUGUAAGGCAAGUUGUAUGCAUAACUUUGUUGUAUAGCUACCUUCUUUUGUACAGUAAAGUACAGUGAUCUCCCAGAAUAUUUAUAUGGCUACGUGUAACAGGGUUACCCUCUAAGCCACACGUGAUAUAAGCAAAAAUGUGGUAAUGCUUAUCUGUUAGUCAGCUUGUACUUCAGCUGUACAGGUGGGUUAGGAUCUCUCCAUGUAUUCAAAAUUCACAGGGAAGAAAAAAAAACUUGAAUUUCUGCUUGGCUUGUAAUUAUCAGACUACCUGUGUUUAACUGACUGUGAUGGUGGAUGAGUGCAGAAGGGUAGUAAAACAGGAAUUUGCCCUGAAUUUAGUCCUGGAACGCUGCACAGCUCUCUAGGAGCUAUUUGCAAGGCUUACUGAUGGUGAAGAAUCAAACUGGAGUUGAGCAAAGCCUUGCUUUCAGCAAGUGCAACUAUCUGUACAAAGUGGCCUGUGGUAUGGGUUAAGAGAGAACUAAUGUGCUUAGUUUGGAAAGUAUUCUUUCAUUACACAGAAAAGCUUCUGCACACAAGCUUAAAUAAAGAUCCUGAUCCUCUUCGGUAUGCAAGGGGAAAUACUA